AUGUCCGUUGGAACUCUCUACGCAUCUCCAGCCGAGGCCAAGCGCAUCCUCGUGGUCGCUGCCUUCGCCGGGCUCACCGUCGAAGUCAAGGAGCCCAAAGCUGGUCUCAUCAAAACACCCACUCUUGAGACUGCGGACGGUUUCUCUGUUUUCGAAGCGAGUGCUAUUGGCAGAUAUCUUGCUUCCCUCGCUCCCAACUCGACAUUGAUCGGUUCUGAGUCCAAGGAGGCUGCCCUUGUCGACCAAUGGGUUGCUUUCUCUGACUCAUAUGUUACCGCCUACAACAACUUCAUCGUCCGCCUGGUCCAGGGUCAUAUCACCCCCUACAGCAAACCCAUUCACACGAAUGUCCUGGACCGCCUGGUAGGCUCCCUGACGACCCUCGAAAAGCACCUUGCGACGCGCACCUUCCUCGCGACCGAGCGCAUUACCCUCGCCGACAUCACUCUCGCCACUGCCAUUCAGAGCGCUGUUGCCUCUACCGUCGAUGCGUCCCUGCGCUCCAAGCUUCCUAACGUAUUCCGCCACUUCGAGACCAUUAUCAACCAGCCCUCACUGAAGUCCACGUUCGGCGAGACCACCUACACCGAGAAGGCUGUGCAGUAUACUCCCCCUCCCAAAGACAAGAAAGAGAAGAAGCCCGAAGAGGCCGCCGCCCCGAAGCCCAAGGCCGAGAAGAAGCCCAAGGAGCAAGCUGAGGACGACGACGAUGACAAGCCGUUUGUUGAGGAGCCCAAAGCCAAGAACCCAUUGGACUCGCUGCCCAAGUCCUCUCUUAACCUUGAGGACUGGAAACGCGCGUACUCCAACAAGGAGACUCGUGGUGCCGGUGGCGCCCUGGAGUGGUUGUACCAGAACUUUGACAAGGAGGGCUAUUCUCUCUGGCGCGUCGACUUCAAGUACAACGAGGAGCUGACCCAGACAUUCAUGUCUUCGAACCAGAUUGGUGGGUUCUUCAACCGCCUAGAGGCGUCGCGCAAGUACCUGUUUGGCUCCGUGGGCGUACUCGGCGAGACAAACAACUCCAUCAUCACCGGUGCGCUCAUUGCGCGCGGGCAGGAGAUCCAGCCCAACGUCGACUGCGCGCCGGACUGGGAGAGCUACUCCUACGAGCGCCUCGAUCUCGAGAACCCGGAGCACAAGGCGUUCUUCGAGGGUGCGUUGGCGUGGGAUCUCGAGAUUGACGGCAAGAAAUGGGUCGAUGGCAAGAACGUGAGUCUCAACUUUUAG